UCCCGCCACUGCCUGUAUGUUACCCAGGAAACAAAAAAUAAACACUUAAAUAUCAAAAUUCUAAUGUCAGUAGUUUUAAAAUCCACUCUCUAAAUUUCAAAUGAAGAUUUUCUAAAAAUUAAAAAAAUUCAAAGUGCUUACCUCAUUCAAAAUUACAGUGUUUUUAUUCCAAAAUGGCGGCGGGAUCUCUUAUGGACUCUCUUAAGAGUUUACUAUGCCAAAUUGAUGGAACAUGUUGCCCAUCAUCAUGCUGCGGCCCAUCAUAUUGUGGACCCAUGGUGUCUGGAGUAGGCCCUGUGAUUGAAAUCUACGAUCCUUUACCAAAACCAAUGUUACCCAUAUGCACACCUUAUAUAUCGCCUUGUGGUGCUGUGUCACCUUGUUGUGGCGGUCCAUGUCCCCCAUGCUGCCCUCAACCUUGCUGCCCUGGAAUGGUACCAUCGCCAGUUACUCCGCCUCCAUGUGUGCCAUUAAUCGCCAAGCCCCCUUGUCCACCGGCUAUAAUACCAAUGCCUCCUACGAUUGUUCCUGUAGGUCAAAUUGUACCUAUUGUUCCACAACGACCGAUGCCGGUGCCCAGUCCACCACCUAUACCAUGUGUUAGACCAAAUCCCCCGCCAUGUUGUCCUAUGCCGUGCCCACCACCUUGUGCGCCUUGUUGUGGCCCUCCUUGUGGGCCUGUAACAGCUCCUUUGCCUGUCUGUCCACCUCCUGUUUGUCCACCUGCCUGUUGUCCACCGUUUUGUUCUCCUUGUGGCCCGUGUGGUCCUUGUGGUCCUUGUGGCCCAUGUGGUCCGUGUUAAUU